UCCUUUCCGUCCAAGCUAGUUCCGUGGCCGAAGUUUCAGCAAAUGGAGAGAAUGUGCCAAAUGGGUUUUUGCAUUCGUUCGUUUGCGUUCCUGCAUUCGCCAGACUUGAUUCCACAGUGCUUAGUGAAGUUGUAAACAGUAAGAAAAUAUAUUUACGCUGUUCAUAUGUGCGCGGUACAAGUGUAGUUUAAGGAAUUUUUAUGUUUGAUGGAGCGUUGUUCAAACAUCGAACGGACGUAUUUGAGUAAAUAAGUAUUGUAGCUGGUGGAACGCCGUAACAUGAGUCAGAAUAAAGAUGAAAAUAGCAAAGUGAAACGAUAUGAAACUAUAAUGAAUUCACAGAGGGAUCAACUAAUCAGAUAUGAAAAACGACUAAAUGACAUCGUAACAGCUUAUAAGGGUUUAGCGAAAGAGAAAGCUGCUUUGGAAGCUACUUUGCGCACUAUUAAGCAGCCCCAAUCGGAAGUGUCGGAAGAACAAAGCGAAAUAAGAAAUCCUGAACAGAAACAAAUGACUGCAAGCUGCAAACUUUUGCCUGAGCUGCAAAUACAGCAACUUAUGACUAACAUUACUACCCUUAGUGAGGAACGUAAACGCGUGGAAGAGACACUGAAGCUGGAACGCAGUCAACUGCGACUAGAACUUGCAAGGCAAAAUGAAACCAUUCAAGAACUUACUACUCGUUUGGCAAAUCCGGAAAGUCCCAGUAAAGAUAUUUGUGGCGAUCAAGUAAACUAUGAAAUGGGGAACGAAACACAUCUUCUUACGAUACGGGAGCUGAAAAAGAUGUUAGACGAUGAGCGAAAUCUAAAGGAAAAACUCGAAUUACAACUCGGUAACCUUAAAACACAGAUUCUCUUCGAUAUGCCGCAAUCAAUAAAAAAAAAAUCAAUUGAACGUCAUUUAACCUCGUUUAAAAAUGCUGAUCGUGAUGAAAAUAGCGAUACUAGCUUGAAAGAAUCGUUGCAAGGGUUACGAAUGGAAAUGCUACAUUUAAAAAAACAAUACGCCACUAUUGUGUCCGAUGAAAAAAACCGAGCCCGUUUAGCCGAGGAGCGGAGUACGCGUGUGGGAGAAUUGCACGAGGAACGUGUUGCUAAUCUAGAAGCACGUAUAUCAGAAUUAAGCGAUGUUAUAGGAAAGAACGACCGUUUGAGAGAGCAGGAUAAAGAUACCAUACAAAAUCUAAAAGAAACUAUUGCUCGUAUGAAACUUUCUACUGGUAUAAAAACGACGACAAAUGAUGGUAAAAGAACAUUUGAUUUUGAACUUAUUGAAGAUGGACUGGAGAAUUCAUGCGGGGAGAAAAAAAAUCCGCAAUGCACAUCUAAGACACUGUUAGUCACAGCAAAUCUCGACGGAAAUUCAGAGCAAUUCGUAACUGCUAAUAAUAUGCAAAACUCAGACCGAUUGUUUGAGAAUUGCGAACUUGAGGAUUAUAAGCAACGCUACGAUCAAUGUAUGAGCGAAAAUCAAAAACUAAAGGAAGAGUUGCUUUUAAAUCUAGAAAAUACGAAUACUUUGAAACAGAAGCUUGAUAAUUUUAAACGAUCGACGGAGCAACUCGAGAUCGAUUUUCAAUACAAACUUACCGAAUAUGCUGCUGAACAGAAAAAAGAAACCACGAAGCACAGCGAUGCCAUGAGCGCAUUGCAGACAUCGUUUGAGAGACAGAUAGGAAACCUACAGCACACUCUGCAAAAGCAACGCGAACGGUCCCUGGCAGUGAUUGAAGAGAAGGAGGAAGAAAUUAAAGUACUACGAACAUCGUCAGAGAUACUUUCUUUGUCGACCGCCACAAUGUGCAGGGAACAGAACGCUAUCAUCCGAAGUGAAUCUACAAUAGACCAACACCGUAAAAGUCCCAGAAUUGAGUUGACAGCAAGUGACUCGAUCUCAGAAGAGAGACAACAUUUACUACAUUACGCACAGGAAAUUGCUAGAAAAAACGUUGAAAUAAGUACGUUGCGUACAUCAAAAAAUACAAUAGAAAAUAUGCUACGUCAAACAUUACACGAGAAAGUGAUUACUGAACAACGACUGAACGAACGGAUUGUUCAAUUGGAGAAAGAGCUUGGACCCUUAAAGACAAAUCAUACGUUGGACGGAUCGAAUUUGGAGUACUUAAAAAAUGUAAUUCUCAGUUUCCUUUUGACAGAUAAUAUCCAAAGUAAAAAGCAUAUGACAAAUGCAAUAGCAGCCGUGUUGAACUUUGAUGAAAGUGAAAUACAAGCUAUUAAUGAUGCAGAAGUACGGUUAAGUUGAAAUAUAAAAUUCGCUAGACCCGUCAAACGACUACGAUUGUAGGGAUUGAUUUUUUCAUGAAGUUUGCCAUAGAGCUCACAGAGAGGUUGCUUUUUUCGCACACUGGUGUGUAAACUAUAAGAAAAACAUUUUGAGAAUCGAACCAUGUUCGAACCAAAAUAUUGCGAAACAUACAACGUGCGACCGAUCGGGGAAGAAAGAAAAACAUUGUGUCGCUGGCACCACUUGCAAGGUAGGAAGUCCUUCCUUCGCGGGGGCCUGUUUGCGGGAGGUGUCAAAAGCAACAAAUCACAUUAACCAUCCUUUAUUAGCUAUCCAAUGCUCGAUCGUUUAAAUAUAUAGCUAGUUUCUGCACACGCUCAUUCAAUGUGAUCCAUUCUUUAUAAAGCAAAUCCAUGCAUAUUCGUUAUACUUAUCAGUCCCAGGCCGCAAUUUGAAUAAAUUAUGGUAGUCAUAAUUUUUUAAUUUUUUCGUUGUACCGUAUUGGUUAAAACUUGCCAGCCCAUAGGUGAGACACGUUUCCACUCUGAUGCUUUCUAUUUAAGGUGUAUUGUAACAAAGAUAUUUUCCUAUAGCGGUUCUCUGUGCAUAUACUGCAUAUGAAACCGUUCUAGUGUAUCCCCCUUUCCUCUCGAGAUCCUCUCGGAACUAUUGCAAAAUGCUCUAGAUCUAUGGUAGAAACUAGUGAAUAACCAUAACAAGUGCAAUUAAGUACAGGCAUAUUAAGAAUUUCCAAUAUAACCGUAACUUUUAUAUUAUUACAUUGUUAAACUAUUCUUAUCAAAAGUAGACCAUAAAGAUUUCGGAAGAUCGUAUUUUUGCCUUUCGUGU